UGCAAAGAAUACAACAUGGAGGGGAACGACAAUGAAACCUUCAGCCGAAAUUUGGGCAGCAGUUUUUCCACGCUCCCCGACUUCAAAAUACGGUGCAUCUUGGGCAGUGUUUCAGAGAAUGAACGAGGUCACCGUCAAUCUAGGCAGGUCCGGGAGCCAUCGAGCCGUGGCCAGAGUCAGCUAGGGCAAGGUCGCGGUCAAACGGGGCCAUUCCAGGUGAUGUUGGGUCACGGGUGGUGUCAGAUGGGACAAGGUGAAGGUCAAUCUGGUGGGCAAAUCCAGGGGCCAUCGGUUCAAGGUUGGGGUAAUAAAGGGCAGGGUCAGCCGGGGGAAGGCGACGGAGUGGCAAUUCAAGGCCACAAUCAGCCAGGGCAGGGGCCUUCGAUUCAAGGUUGGGGUAAUAAAGGGCAGGGUCAGCCGGGGGAAGGCGACGGAGUGGCAAUUCAAGGCCACAAUCAGCCAGGGCAGGGGCCAUCGACUCAAGGUUGGGGUAAUAAAGGGCAGGGUCAGCCGGGGGAAGGCGACGGAGUGGCAAUUCAAGGCCACAAUCAGCCAGGGCAGAGCCAAUAUCACGACGGGAAAAAAAAACCCCAAUUGGGCCGAGGUCAGACUCAGCCAAAACAGGGUCAGCGUCAACCCGAGCAGGGCCAGGGACUGUCAGGGCACGCCCAUGGUCUGCUGGGGCAAGGCCGAGGUCAACCUAAUCAGGGCCUGAGUCAGCCAAGGCAAUCUCAUUGUCCACUGGGCCAAGUCCAGGAGCCAUUGGGUCACGCUUGGGGUCAACUUGGACAAGGUCAAGUGGGUCGUGGUGAAACUGGACAGGUUCAACAAGGUCAAGCACAGAGGAUGCUAUUGCAAGCUCAAGCAAACAUCACUGAGCAGCAUCAACCUCGGCAGAGCACGCCACCGCCGCCGCCGCUGCCGCUUGAUGGGCAAGAGAAUAAAGAUCACGUGUCAAGGACGUACAAUUCUUUGCGCUGUGAAAUGAACAAGUUGAACAUGUGGAAGGUCAGAGUUCACUCUGAGCUCAGCAAAAAGGAGGAAGCUGUCAGAAUGGCCCAGGAGACGGCCGACGCUCUGCAGAAAUCAACUCGACAAACACAGCUUGAAAAUGUACACCUCAGCGCGCAACUUCAAGACGUGAUUGACAUCAAAGGAGAUUUAAUGGAGAAGAUCCGUGCCACCAGGCAGAUGUGUGACGAUCUGAAGGGCCAGUCCUCUUCAGUGCAACAAACAUUAACCAGAGCUGAAACAGAACAAGAAGAAGUGGAAGCUGUUCAUUCGUCGCUGAAAGCAGAACUGAAGACGUUUGCGGUGACUUUCAGCGAAUUGAAUUUAAAGUCUCAAAAUGACAAGAAUAUUGCGUUGGGCAAAGUGGAAGCAGCCGUGGAAGCGACGGGGAGAGCGCGGUGGGACUUUGUAAACAAGUUGACGAUUAAAGAAAGCCAGGCCAAAGAAAUGUCCGAGCUGUUGGAGUUAAAAAAUGAAGAGCUCAAAAUGGCCUCGCAAAAGCUGCAAGAUUCCAUUGAAAGCUGCGCUCGACUCGAAGAAACAGAGCGCAACUUUCAAGCACGGCUUGAGCAAAUGCAGAAAGAAAGUGGUACCCUGAAACUCGAAGUAAAUCGCCGUCGGGAAAUUGAAAGCACGCUGCAGGCUGGGAUGCAAAACGCGGAGAGAAGUUUUGCGGAGAAGGAGCGAGAGUUCACCGCAAGCACCGCGGGGCAGCGGCUGUCGUGCGACAAGCUGCAGCACGAACGUCGGGACCUGAACGUGAUUGUGCAAAACCUGGAGAAGGCAAACGAAGAGUUGACAGCAGCAGCCAGCCAGAGGCGCAGCGAAGAAGCUGAGAUUCGUAGCAGGCUUGAAAGAAAUAUUCGUGAAAAAAAUACAGAAAUAGGUAAUUUGAAGAUUGCAAGCGACAAUAACGACAUGAAACAUCGCGAAACGCUGGAAUCCUUAGACGCGUUCAAACGAGAGAGAGCUUCACUCCAAGAAGCCGUCUGUCAAAUGGAACAGCGGAUAGCCGCCAUGGAAACGCUGAAAAACGAAAGCAAGAGCGAACUCAACGGAGCGAAAGCAAAAGAGCGCGUCUUGGAGAAUGACCUCAGAGACGCCUUGAACGCGGUGAACGUCCUGGAAUCAGAGCUGUCUCAGGAGAGGUAAAUGUUGGAGCGUUAUUUUUCAGCUCGCUCAUUCGGGCGCAUUUAGGCGUUCCCCUCCUCCUCCCCCUUCGCCCUCUCUCCCUUUUAUCGUUUCAACCCCCGGCCGUCCUUCCCCCGAGAGCGGUGUCUCUUCACCUUGACCGCAGCCUGCCACCCCUUGUGGCUCUCAGCCGUUAACAACGUCGUACAACGUCGAUACGGUAGAAACCGUGGGAUCGCGAGCUCGAUUCGUUCCGGAAACGUGUUUUGUAAUCCAAAGCACUCGCGUAUAAUCAGAGCACUCGGUACAUCAGUUGUGAUCACGUGACGCCCGGCAGUACAAAGCGUGUCUACACGUGCGCUGCGCGUAUUGCGAGAACCUCGCUCGUUUAUCAAGUUAAUAUUUAUUUACAAAUGUAGCCCGUCUCGCCAAACACUCGCAGGCCAAGUUACUCGCAAUCCAAGGUUUUACUGUACACAGCAACUCCUCUGCACCCCCUGUGGGACGUAAGGCCACAAUAAAUACACAGGGGUUGAUGAAACAAAGUAGUUGUACUAACGUAUCCACGCUAAAUUUGCGUUUUGUUUUUUCACCUUCUAAAGAAAACAAAUCUGGCCGUGUCUCGCACCCCCCCAGAAAGGGAAUCUCGCACCCUCAGGUUGUGAAGAGCCACUGCCCUACAGGGUUAUCCGAGUUAAGGAAGUAGACACCAGGGAAGUAGAGUUUAUUUAAACACAUGGCAUCGACGGGUUAAAGAUAUAAAACGCCGGUGAAUAAUCGGCGUGCUUGACAGGUGUCAAGU